AUGGCGUCUCAAUCGAGUGCAGACAAGACGAAGUCUCGCCGGCAGGCGAAGCAGCAACACCGGGAGGAGAGGGCUUUGACCCUGCAGGAGAGGGAAAUGCACCGCUACUACCAGCCAUGGUUGGAUGCUCAAGGCUCGUCGGUCAAUGUCGCCGACCACGUUCAAGACCUCGCUCAAGUCGACGAUUUCGCCAUAAACACCCUCUCAGACAAGGGCUUCCGCGCCCUCUCUUCGCGCGACAAGACCCUCACUGCCUUUGCUCAACUCGCCGCCCUCCGUCUCAAUGUCCGCCGUGCCAUGGUCUCGCUGCUGGACUCGUCGCAUCAGUACAUCCUGGCCGAAGCCACUCGCACCCUCUCGCUAGUCGACGAUACACGGCAUGCCCAACACGAUGAGCUUUGGCUGGGAAACGCCGUUGUUGCACGCGACGACGCUGUGUGUCAAUGUGCCUUCACCAGGCAGUAUACAGUCAACGACGACAAUGGCCACCCCGUCACUGCUACUGCCGCUGUCAUGCCGGACUGUCGCUUGGACAAAGACUACAAAGAUAAGCCCUAUGUUGUUCAAGAGCCGGGUGUUCGCUUCUACGCUGGCGUUCCUAUCAGAUCCCGAUCUGGUCACAAUAUUGGCGUUUAUGCCGUAUCUCAUGACGCUCCUCGUGAGCCUCUGACCUACGAUGAGCUACGAUUCAUGCAAGAUAUCGCCGUUGCUGUUAUGGACCAUCUGGAAUGGGCAAGAGAUCGCGUCGAUCGGUACAAGGGAGAACGUAUAGUUCGUGGAAUGGCCGACUUCAUCGAAGGUGCCCCUGCCAUGCGCCCCACCAAGAAGGAGGACAUUUCUACAUCCUCCCUUGUAUCGCCUGAUGCAGUGAUCGAUCCGCCGUCCCGCACAAAGAAGGAUUCUCCAAAACAAUCUCAACCAAAGCGAACCGACAGUACAAAUAUGUCGCGUCUAUUCGACCGUGCCUCUCGCAUCUUGCGUGAAUCUACUCUUGCUGAAGGUGUCGUUUUCUUUGGUCCAACUGGCAAUAGUCCUGCCAAGCCGAAUUUGAGGUCCGCCAUGGCUGCACGUAACAAGUCGUCCAGUACUGAUGACGAGUCGCCCAAGCACCUUUCAGCCUCGGAUGCCGAUGUCAAUGACAUUGAGAAUUCUACUGACUCGGAUGCCACAUCCCAACUGCGCGUCGCCAAGAUCUUAGGGCUGUCUUUGGCCAACAAGAACGAUACCUCCCUCUUCCAUAACACCGCCCUGGGUGUUUCGACCUUGGAGAAUUAUUUCAAGCUGUAUCCUAGUGGCAAGAGUUUGCACUUCUCAGAGGCCGGUUCAGGACUUUCCUCUGACGAUAGUUCCAGUGAAAGUCCACUGUCUGCCAACGAAGAAUCUAAAUCUGGUCCUGAGACUGCUCAUUCGCGGAUCAUCGGUCGUAAGAAGCGAGUUCGUAUGAGCCACUCAGAGCUUCUAAAGCACCUACCCGCCGUGAAGAGCGUCAUAUUCCUUCCGCUGUGGGACUACGUUGAGGAGAAAAUUAUCGCUGGUUGCUUCCUCUGGACUUCGUCUACUGGCCGUAUGAUGAACUUGGAUGAUGACUUGUCGUACCUAAGGGCUUUUGGCAACACCAUCCUGAGUGAGGUCACGCGCAUGAACGCUCUCAAGGAUGACCGGGCGAAGACAACAUUUAUCGCAUCCAUGAGCCACGAGUUACGCUCCCCACUUCACGGCAUACUUGGCUCAGUUGAGUUUUUACAGGACACAGCUGCUGAUGCAUAUCAGGCUGGACUUAUCACUAGUAUUGCUACCUGUGGCAAGACACUUCUUGAUACGCUCGAUCACGUGCUGGAUCAUUCCAAGAUCAAUAGGCUUUCGAAAACACGCAUGAAGAAGAAUGCUAGAUCGAGUCGUCUCGCGACAGCUUCAGACUCUCCUACCGAAAGUCUAAACAUUUCCGCAGAUUUCGAUCUUGGAAUCGUGAUAGAAGAAGUCGUCGAGGCCGUCUGUGCUGGGCAUGCCUUCAAGAAGAUGCAUACUGGAGAUCUCAAGUCUAACGACGGUCCUGUCAUCACUUUGUCUCGACAUUCAUCUUCGGGGGUGAUUCCCACUGCCGAAGGUGGCAACCUUCAAGCUGGGGAAGUCGCUGUGCUACUCGACGUUAGCCCUCGCGCUAGUUGGAGAGUACGCACUCAGCCAGGUGCUCUACGAAGAAUCAUCAUGAACCUACUCGGCAACGCUCUCAAAUACACUUCAAAGGGGUGGGUUGCGGUUUCUCUCCGAGCCCAAGAGAGUUCGCAUCCCAACAAGAUGGAUGUGGUCUUCCGAGUCGUCGAUUCUGGCAAGGGUAUGUCAGAAGACUUCCAAAAGCAUCGCUUGUUCGUGCCGUUCAGCCAGGAAGAUACGUUCCAGCCGGGAACAGGUCUGGGUUUGAGCAUCGUCCGCCAAAUUGUCGAUUCACUGGGUGGCUCUAUCGACAUCAAGAGCAAGCAGAAUGUCGGUACCGAAAUCGACGUUCGCCUAAGUCUCCCUACAGCAGAGCCAGCUCUUGACGUUCCAGAUGAGGAAAUCACUUCGAUUGCUGCCAAGACCCGUGGUUUGAGACUUUGUCUGUUGGAUCCAAACGGUGAGAAGCAGAGGGACCAAAACGAUCAUAUUAGUCGACUUGACACAACUUUGUCAGAAGUCUGCUGGGGCUGGUUCGAGAUGGAGGUCACUAGAGCCAGCAGCCUUAAAGAUGCCGAUGCAGACAUAUUCAUGUACACGGAGCCCCCCUCGGUUGAGUAUCUACUGGAGCACCACGGCGUAAAUCCCAAAACUGGCAGUAACGGAGCAAGAGGAAAGGAAGUGCCCCUGAUCAUUGUCUGUCUCAAUGCUUCGGAGGCCAUUUCAAUUACUGCAAAUCACAUCAAGACACUAUCGGACCUCGGUCGCAUAGUUGAAGUGAUUCCACAGCCAUGUGGGCCUCGCAAGCUGGCAAAGGUGCUCAGCCACUGUGUCAAGCGCAUGGAAGAGACGUUCAACAAACCCAUGACGGCCGACAGGCAGCCGCAAUCACUGCCUCAUAGAUCAAGACUGGAAGACAUGGGCGCCGCAUCCGUCCUCGGGCUGCCAAGCAUGACCCUGCCACGUCUCAAUUCUAUGGAGGAGAAGAAGGAAUCUGCUCGCACUCGUGAGUACCUCCGCGACGUAACAUCCGAAGUCCCGCCAAGUACAGCGGUCGCAUUCCCGGACGAGAGUCGCAAUGCGAAUAGCGCCAGAACACUCAACGAGGAUCCACCCGCAGAUGCAGCGCCACAUCUACUGCUCGUGGAUGACAACCACAUCAAUUUGCAACUGCUGGUAAUGUUCAUGAAGAAGCACAAAUUCCCUUACCAAGAAGCCAUGAAUGGCCAAGAGGCAUUGGACAAGUACAUCGAACACAGCAGUGGAGAUCCCGAUAAGCCGCCCUUCGACUACAUCUUGAUGGACAUCAGCAUGCCCAUCAUGGACGGAUUCGAAGCCACACGCCGCAUUCGCGAAUUUGAGGCUAAGCAGAGCUUGUCGCACAAGGCAACCAUUAUCGCUCUGACCGGCCUGGCCAGCGCCGAAGCGCAAGCGGACGCCGCAUCUUCGGGCGUAGACAUCUACAUGCCCAAGCCCGUCAAGUUCCAGAAACUGAGACCUCUGCUUGAGAGAAAGAAGCCUGGAACCGAUUCAGGAAGGAGCACCCCCAGCACGCAAGAUGGAGCUGAAGCCAAGGGCAAGAGUUCAGAGAACCAAAGCUCUUGA